AUGGCGAGGAUAAAACCUCAGGCUUUACUAGUUCAAAGUAAGAGGAAAAAGGGGCCGACUCGAAUCAGUAUCACUACGAUUGUCUUCUGCAACUUGAUUGUGGUGUUAGUUGUGUUGUGCUUUGUUGGUGCAUAUAGACAUUGGUCACACAGGCCAGACCAACUGAAGGGGACUGGAUCUUCGAAUUUUGAGGACACUGAUGCCGCUGCGGUUUCAAAGAAGUUUGAUCUUCCUGGCCAUGCUAUUCUAAAUACAUCUAAAGGUCAUAUAAUUGUGGAGCUUUUCAAAGAAGGUUCGCCAGAAAUUGUGGAUAAAUUUAUUGACCUCUGUCAAAAGGAGCACUUCAAAGGGAUGCCUUUUCAUCAUGUGAUAAAAAACUAUGUGAUUCAAGCUGGGCAUUCCCAACAGCUUGCAGCGGCUGAGGAUUGGACUUCAAGAGGGAAGCUUCGUGGUCAACUUGCUACAAGUCCAAAGCAUGAGGCAUUUAUGAUUGGAACUUCAAAAACUAAAGAUAGUAAAGAAUUUGAGCUAUAUAUUACUACUGCACCAAUACCAGAUUUAAAUGAUAAGCUUAUUGUGUUCGGAAGAGUCAUUAAGGGUGAGGAUGUGGUGCAGGAAAUUGAAGAGGUGGAUACAGAUGAACACUAUCAGCCCAAGUCACGCGUAGGGAUCAUCAAUGUGACACUAAUAACAUGAGAUUUGAGGAUGUUUUAGCGAGCUAGUGUA